AUGGACUCCACCGCGGCGGCGGCGGCGGCGCCGGUGCUGCUGGUGACGAACGACGACGGGAUCGACGCGCCGGGGCUCCGCUUCCUCGUCGACCAGCUCGUCGCCGCGGGGCGAUACCGCGUACUCGUCUGCGCGCCCGACACGUACUUAGUGGAAUCAACAUUGGAAAUAAUUGUGGGUACCAUGUUUGCUGGUUCUAGGGAGGCAUUCUUAUAUGGGAUUCCUGCAAUAGCUAUGUCAUAUGAUUGGGUUGCGGGUCGGAGCAGUGUUAAUGACCUCAAGGUGUCUGCAGAGGUCUGCAUGCCUCUGAUAAAUGCUAUCGUGACUGAGAUCAAGAAUGGGACUUAUCCUCAAGGAUCAUUCUUGAAUGUAGAUGUACCAACAGAUGCUGCACACCACAAGGGCUACAAAAUUACAAAACAAGGAACAUAUAUGGCCAGAAUUAGUUGGGAGCAAACAGUUUACAAGAAGCCUGCAGUAGAAAGUUACCAGACAGCAAACAUGGAUGUUGAUGGCGAAAAGGACAGCGGACUAGUUACUUCAGAAGAUGACCUACUGUUUAAGAGAGUGAUUGUAGGGAGAAGUUCCGAUGGAGUGGAAGGAGAGGAAAUGGACCACAAUUCCCUAGUUGAUGGAUAUAUCACCGUUACUCCUUUGGGUGCUCUUUCCCGCACAGAACCAGAUGCCAUACCCUAUUUCAAAGCUUGCGUCUCACGUCUGGUUGACAAUUUCUCUUCUCUUAGCCCUUCUUUUUCUAGAAGCAGAGUAGGAUGA